AUGGCCGACUACGUGGGAAAUACACCUCUUCACGAGGUAAUGAAAGGGACUAUGCUGAAGCGGUAUGACAACAACGGAAACCUGGAUCCCACAUAUCCCUGGGAUGCUCCCCUACGAGGUCGACAACAAUGGAUCCAAGUCCUCGUGGAGGCUGGUGGCUUGAUGCAGCAACCGAAUGCUUCGGGACAGACGCCGGCCCAGCUGCUCAGUGAGGUCACCAGAAGACAUCAGUGCAGAAGGCAGGUGAGAGCCAGUGAAAGCCCACGAGGGGCAGCAAAUUUGAGGUCAAGGUGA